AUGGCCGCGGUUGUUCUCGUGGUUGCAUGCGGGUCAGAGGGUGUGUGUGUGAGGGGAGAGGUGAGGGUGGAGGAAUGGGUUGGGCGAGAGGGGGAGGAGAGAGUGAGAAGUGCGUGUGUGAGGUGGGGGGUAGAGAAAGGGGGGGAGAAGGAGGAGGAGGAGGAGGAGGAGGAGGAGGAGGAGGAGGAGGAGGAGGAGGAGGAGGAGGAGGAGGAGGAGGAGGAGGAGGAGGAGGAGGAGGAGGGAAUUUGGAAGGACUUGCUAGCGGGGAGAGUGACUCGCACGCUACUCCUUCCCACACCCAUACUCAGCCCCUUCCACCUCCUCCCACUGCUGCCGACUUGA